UUGAACACUUCCUCUCACUGUCAUCUUCUUGGAUCAGAGAAGCGGAUACGGGAGCUGUCUUUGUGGAAUCUAAGAAGUACCAGAUCUCAGGAAAACGUGCUUCCAUCUUCUAUCAAAUUGGGAAGCCCCUUGAUUCUCUUCUUCUGCUCUCAUUAUACCGUCCACAAUGUCUGCGUUCACCUGUGACUCUCUUGCAACAAUCUGUUCUGGAACAGACUGCCUCAUUCCUCCCAGUAACUUCAAUGAAAUUCUGAGCGUGGUGAUGAGCGUGGUGCUCACCAUCAUGCUCUCGUUCGUCAUGUUCGCCAUGGGCUGCACCGUCGAUUCCAAAAAACUGUGGGGCCACAUCAAGAGACCCUGGGGCAUCAUCAUUGGCUUCCUCUGUCAGUUCGGCAUCAUGCCCUUCACAGCCUUCGCCUUGUCAUUGGGCUUUGGUGUGCUUCCUGUACAGGCUAUUGCCAUCAUUAUUAUGGGCUGCUGUCCUGGGGGAACCGGAUCUAAUAUCAUCUGCUACUGGCUGGAUGGAGACAUGGACCUCAGUAUCAGUAUGACGGCCUGUUCUUCUAUCCUGGCGUUGGGGAUGAUGCCUCUCUGUCUGCUCAUUUACACCUCCGUCUGGACUUCCUCCAACACAAUCCAAAUCCCAUACGACAGCAUCGGUAUCACUCUGGUGUCCCUUCUUGUCCCGAUUGCUCUGGGAAUGUAUGUCAAACGCAGGUGGCCCAAGGCAGCAAAAAAGAUCCUUAAGGUCGGCUCCAUUGGAGGCUUUUUGCUCAUUAUCAUCAUAGCUGUAAUUGGAGGAAUUCUCUACCAGUCCUCCUGGACCAUCUCGCCAUCCCUGUGGAUUAUCGGAACGAUAUAUCCCUUCAUAGGUUUCAGUUUGGGGUUCUUCAUGGCCCGUUUUGCAGGUCAACCCUGGCACAGAUGUCGAACCAUCGCUUUGGAGACGGGUUUCCAGAACUCCCAGCUGUGCAGCACCAUCGUCCAGCUGUCCUUCAGCGCCGCUGAGCUGGAGGUCAUGUUUGCAUUCCCGCUCAUCUACAGCAUCUUCCAGCUGGUGAUGGCUGUCCUGGCCGUGGGAGGUUACCAGCUAUAUAAAAGGAAGUGCGGCGGAGGUUCAAGUGAUGACGACAGUGAGGCUUCCCUGGAAGCUGAUGACAGUGAAGAGAAGAAGAAGCACUGUGCUCUUGACAACAAUGCCUUCGAGUUAAAUGAAAAUGUUAGCAGUGAAGAGAAAGGUAAGAGUGCUAACAAGCACACCAAGCUGUGAAGUUAGAAACCUGCAAAGGAAAGACUUGUGACUGGCAGGACGAAGCAUCCAGGACCUCAGCAGCCUCACUCUGUUGUGAGCCCACACUGCACUCUGCAGGCCGGAGGCGUGCACUACACGUCCUCGUCUCAUCAACCAAGGAGGAAAAUGUAAAAUAGGAGGGGUGCAAAAUAUUUGUUCUAGUGUGGCAAAACAUUUAUUAUAAAGGGAUGAUAUUGUAACUGUAACUGUAACUUACCACUGUAACUUUUGCUGCUUUGCUAAAGUGCUCAUGAUGCUGAUGCAGGUCUUUUUACCUGCUCUUUUGUAAUGUUAAAAGACAAAGAGUAAGGUCUUUUACCUGCUUUUUGUAAAGUGUCUCGAGAUAACACUUGUUAUGAGUUGACGCUAUACAAAUAAAACUUGAUUGAUUGAUUGAUUGAUAUUGUAUGAAUAUAUGAGGCCCUUCUUUCCCCUGGUAACCUCCCUGGAUACGCCCCUGUGCAUAAAUGAUUCAAACUGAACAUUUAAUAAUGUUAAAUACAGACUGUAGUCAUCUUUGUGAAAUAUAUUGUUGUCAAACACUUAGACUAUUAAACAUUGUUGAUUUUUAAAAAAUAUUUAACUUAUUUUUAAUGCAGCGAAUGAAACUGGUGGUUAUUACAGACCAACUUUGGCACGUGGUACCAGAUGAAAACUCCCGCUGCCUGUGUGUUCCUUUCAGUUUUUCUAUGCCUCAUAUAUGCUCUGUGAUAAAUGAGUAAAAAAGAGUAUUCAUCACAUUCUUAGACUCGUAAGAUUCUCAUAUUUCGGGAACUUAGAUGAUCGUUAACUUUAAACACUUAACCUAGUGGUUUUACAAAUCUGCAAUGGUUGAAAAAACGUGGAUAUACUUUUAGAAUCCCAGUUUACGGAUAUUUAUGAAACCUGUUCAGACUUUAAAAAGUAAUUUAUUAGUCCUCUGUAUUGUGCAAAACUUAUUCAGGCAUUUUUUCUCAUGAUUUAAUUACAGUCUAUUGCAAUAUUUUACGACUUUUCUUUUUUUUUAAUGCUGUUUUACAACUGAGCUGUAUGGUUCUCCAAAAGGACUUUCUGUGUUUUUUGUGUUUCGACGAGAGUUUGACUGUAAAGGAUUCCGCUCAAUAAAAGAAAUAUUCAUAUUUGGACGCUUCA